GGCGUCAAUGUGACCCAUUCAUUCAGUCAGUGUCGACGAACGAUGACGCAGUGGGGCAUCGGCAGCGGCAACGGCAACGGCAACGGCAACGGCUACAAAAACUGCGACGCCUGCGCGAACGGAAGUUCGCUUAGUCGGUUAGUUCAGAAUUAAAAGUGAGGCAUUGAGUGGCCAAAUAUUGAGGCAAAAAAGAAUCAGCUCGAAGAAAGCCAGCGCAGCAUAGUUCUUUCUCUCGCGCUUUCAUUCUUCGGCCCCCGAUUGCAACCACAAAUCGAGUACUCGACUGGCGGCCUGGGCGGUCCCCCCGCUGUCCGCGGUGUGUGCGCGAGUGUGUGUGCUUGGGGUGAAUAACAUAAAACAGACAACGGGCCGCGGAAUAGCGAACGGCGGACGCAAACGGCGAAAGCAUAAAAUAAACAAUUCCAUUUCGGGCUGGUCAGCUGGGAGGAAGUUCUGGCCCCAGCGCCCGUGGUGGUGGUGGGUGAUUGGUGGCGGCAGUGGUGGGUGACGCCAGUGGGUGUGGGAUGUGUGGAUGUGCCGCAGCGUCGAAGUGCGUGCUCGGACAAAGCCGAACGCUUAGACUCCAUUAUCUAUCCGGCAAGUGCUGACGCGUUUUCAAUCUCUGGACAGAGCUCAGUGCAGUAGUGCCAAAUCCGAAAUGUGUUACGUUAUCAUAACGAGCGCCAGUCUGGUGUGGUUCCUCUGCUCCCUUCUGGCGGACAUGCUUUUUGCCGUCGCCCUGGUCACGCCCAAAUGGCUAGUUGGCCCCACCCCUGUGGGGCAGCUGUCCUCCAAGUCCUCCUCGGUUGGAAUCUACACUCGCUGCAAAGUGAUGCUAGAGCGGGGAUACCACUGCGGUCGCUUCGACCUGGACGGUCUUUUCACCGACAGUAGUGUCUACCCUGGAGAGUGGAAGGCGGCCAUGUUUUUUGCCUCGCUGGGAUUCGUCCUGUUGUCAGUCACGGUGAUGCUCACUCUGCUCACCUGUUGUCGCCAGGCCGCCUGCGGCAAGAGCAUCCACAACUUGACGGCCUGCGCCCAGGUGGUGGCUGGAAUUAGCGUGAUGCUCGCGCUCUUCCUGCACCCCCUUGGCUGGCGAGCGGAUAGGGUACAGCGCCUCUGCGGCCCGGAGGCCGAACCCUUUUACCCUGCGGACUGCAGCAUAGGCAUUUCGUUUUACUGCGGCGUCAUCGGCGUGCUUCUCACAUUCAUCGCCGCCGGAAUAAGCCUCAAAGCGGAAUCUUCCAACAUGCGAUCGCGGGUCCGCCGUCGCGUCGAAGCGGGUAGCAAGCUGGUCUGCAUUCCAUAGGUCCCACCCAGGAUUCCAAACAUUGAUCUUGCUUAGAGCGAGCAUACUUAACUUCAUUUUCGAAUUAACUGUAACAUUAGCAUAAAUAAAAUUCUAACAAGUCGCGGUAUGGUUGCCGGAUUAAACUCCG